AUGUCUCUCAGCCAUUUGCGUCAUAGAAAGGAUGGGCAAGCACCAACAAAAGUGACACUGAGCCUACCUCUGUCGUCGUCGUCGUCGUCGUCAACUUCAACAUGGACUAUAAUCAUCACAUUUAUUAAAUACCUUUAUGCAACGCUAGUAUCUCUCGUAUCCACAUAUUCCUUUGAUAUACUUGUACCAAAAUACUCAACAAAAUUAGAGCAAACCAAACAGAUCAACCACAACUCUAAAAGCAAUAAUAGUAGUAAUAGUAAUAAUAACAACAACAACAGAAGCACAAGCACCAGCACAAGCACAAGCAUCGUUAGCAACAGUAUAAAUCAAAAGAGUACAUUUGGCAAUGAAAGGAGUACCAGACACAACGAUGAUGGAGACAACUAUUCACCAAAAUCAGACUUGUUCCCUUCUUUUAGUUUCAACAAGGAUUUAGCAAAAGUACAAGCACCCACUUGUGCAAAUGCAAGUAAUACUACCACCGCUACGAAAAUAAAAGAAGACAAGUUGGAAGACUCCUUGGUACCCACCAGCUGUUCUAUGGGCUUAACAACGAGGUUACUCCCAAUAAGAAAUUCACAAGGUGAGUUGGAAUGGGUAUUCACGGACGACGAUAGUAUCUUGAACAACAGCAAUAGCAACAGCAGCAGCAGCAAGAACAGCCACAAUACAAAUUACAGCUCGGCAAACACUAACAAUACAAGUAUCGGUACAACAAGCACUCUACAAGGAAACGAGUUGGAUGCAUUUAGGAUACCUCAACUCGAUAACAAGGGUAAGGUUGCAUCACCCGAAAUUCACUCGAACGACCUAUCACCAACAAUGUCAAACUCUUCAAACGAAACAACAUUGUCUCAGAAAAUAGCCAGUAUAAAGAAGGACCAGACUUCUUCUCCACAUAGUAUCGACUUGAACUCGGAAGGAAACGAAGACAAUGACGAAGACGUGAAUGCAGCAGGCGCAAAGUCCAUCAACGGUGAUAAGGGCGAAACCUACCCCUGUCAACACUGCAAUGCUGUCUUUACAGUCAAAGGUUACCUCACCAGACACAUGAAGAAACACUCCUCUGAAAAGGCUUAUAAAUGUCCUUUCCACGAAAAGAGCACUUUUAUCGACGAUAACAGCAUUGAACACAAGUGCCAUCCAAGUGGUGGAUUCUCAAGACGAGACACUUAUAAGACGCACUUGAAAUCAAGACAUUUCUUAUACCCCAAGGAUGUCAAAACAAAAGACCGUCCAACAUCAGAAGGUCACUGUGCAAUGUGCGGAGAAUAUUUCAAGAAUGCUGAGAUGUGGUGUGAAAUCCACGUGGAAGGUGGCGAGUGUCAAUUUUUACCCGCAGAUUACAAGGGAAAAUCAAGGAUCAAAAAUAGAUUGAGAAAGAAGUUGCAAAGAAAUGAAACGAUUACAGAUCCAGAGUUAUUGCCAUAUGCUUCAAAAGUUUAUGAAGAAGUACAAGAACAAAAGAAGAUGAAAAGACUAGCUAAGCAGCAAAGAAAGAGACAGAGCCUUCACCAAAAACAAAAAUUACACAAUCGUCGAUACAAUAACCCUACCCAAGCACAAGGUGAUGCUAAUCAAGAUUCAACUACAAAAGUAUCGGCUACAUCUCCAUCAUUAUUGUCAUCCUCCACAUUUGCUCAACAACCAUCUCCUCCUGAUGCAGAUACACCAAACUCUGUUUCAUCGUCAUCGAUAUACGAUUCAUCUAGCCACUCUCCAUACACUCCACAAUCACAUAUGAGUAAAUCGCCAUUGAGUUUGAUGUAUAAUCAAUAUGCAAGACAGCCGAAUCAAGCAGAUCGAGAUCAGCAACAAUUUACUGCAUCCAGUACGAAUAUAUCGAAUAAAAAGUUUACACUGGCAACAUCAUCUUUGCCCACAAGUGCCAUUAGCGCAACAAAAGGAGCAAAUAUCCAAACUCCGUACCUGUUUGAGCAAAUUGCCACUGCCCAUAGUGAUAUCAGCCGACAAGCCCAAAUAAACUAUAAUGAUUAUGAUGAUGAUGAAUUUUGUCUUGAUAUUGACCAGUUAGAUAGUACCGUUGUAAAUCAGAUGGCGAAUGCGCAAUCAACUCAAUCAGUCAAACUGGUGCAGCCAGUGCAGCCAGUACAAAUGAUUCAACAACUGGUGCCUAGACAAUAUACAGCUUACGAACACCAACAACAUUCGGUCUCACCGCAACCAAUCAAUCUUUUGCAACAUGAGUUACAUCAUCACCAACAGCAAUUCUCACAACCAACAACGCAGCAAUAUAUUCAUCAUCAUCAGCAACAGUAUCAGGGAAUAGACAUAGGAUACGCAGUAAAUUCCUCACAAUCAUAUAGUGAUGCACAAUUUUCACCACCACCAGCAUCGUCACAACCACAACCACAACAACAAUCACCCCAAUCAUCAUUUAUGGUCAAUAAUGUUUUCUUUUCGCAGCUGAUAUACCAACAACCAUAUCAGAUGCAAUCAGCGUACGCUGCAGCACCUGAAAGUCAACCACUUUAUCAAUUCCAAUGA